UUCAAUCUUCGUGCUUUCGGUGUUUUCAGUACGACUCUGUUUUAUCGGAUUUCGUAGUUGAAUGAGCGUACAUGACUGUACAAUUAGUCAAUACAGUUACAACUUGCUCUGUUCUUAGAAUAAGACAUUAUGGCAAGCGCUUCCAUCUCAAUCAAAGAAGAGCAUCAAAGCAUUCUGUCUUCUGUGCCUGGGAACUACAGAAGCACUAAGGACGUGGCGGAGGGAACGUUGACCGCAAGUGCAUCAAUCUUUGUGAAGGAAGAACCUCUGGACAUAAGUGUCCCUCUCGUAACUGGUACCCAUGGAACGGAUGAAGUUAGAACGGACACGAAAAUGGCUGCCAGUCUCAUCACCUGUAUCAAGACUGAACCCUACAACAUCAGCUGCACCCUUUUACCAGAAGACUUUCAUGAGAGCAACAGUGAAGUUGUAACAGACGACAGUCAAGGAAUGGGUGUGGCCAAAGGUAUGCUUCAAACUAAGAAGGAACCUCAGGACUCCUGUGGUACACCAAAUUCAAGUUGCAGUUCGUCAACCGCACAGUUUGGAGACACCCUCGAUAAUGAUAUUUUGUGUAGUGCAGACAGUGUCCUCCCAGAAGUAGGCUCCGAACUUGACAAGGCUGCAUUCUUGAGUGAACAGUGUCUGGUGCAAGAAGCAGACAGCACUGACUCAUCAUCACAAGCGACCAAAAACGAGAGAAAUGGCACUGCAAAGGAGAUGCCAUUUAAGCGAAAGACACGUGGAACGAAUGCCGUCGCAUUGUCUCAGCCUGAGCACCAAGAGAGAGUACAGAAACCAACAAAGCUUUUCAAGUGUAAGGCCCGUACUGCCACAUUUGUUCAGUCUGAGCAUCUGAAAAGACACUCACUUAAGCACACGAGAAAGGAUCUCUACCAGUGUGAACUUUGUCCGGCAGUAUUCACCGCCUCCAAUCUCAAGGUCCACAUGCGAACACAUACCGGAGAGAAGCCGUUCAAGUGCAAACACUGCGGGGCAGAAUUCGCUUACUCUGCAAAUCUGAAGCGUCAUGCACGCGCACACACUGGGGAGCGGCCAUACAAGUGCGAACUCUGUCCCUCAGAAUUUAUGCAGUCUUCGCACCUGAAAUGCCACGUGCUGACGCACACUAAAGAGAAGCCACACAAGUGCGAACACUGCCCCGCAAGAUUCACUCAGUCUUCGCAACUGAAAUCUCACGUGCUAACGCACACUAAGGAGAGGCCGUACAAGUGCGAGCAGUGCCCCGCGAAAUUCGCUCGGUCCGAACAUCUGAAACAUCACGUCGAAACGCACAAAGGAAGGAAGAUGUACAAGUGCACGCUCUGUGCCGCGGUCUUCGUCUGCCGUCUCAGCCUGAGAUGCCACGUGCUGACACACAGUGCGAGGAAGCCGUUCAAGUGCCAGCAGUGCGGGGCAGAAUUCGUUCAUUCCUUGCAGCUGAAAUAUCACGUGCAGACACACGCUGGACCGAAGGUGUACAGGUGUGAAUUCUGUCCCGCAGAGUACACUUCGGCUUCGCAUCUGGCAUGCCACAUGCGAGCGCACGUCGGAGAGAAGGAGUACAGGUGCGAAGUGUGUCCCGCGAGAUUUACUCAGUCUCAAAACAUGAAAUGUCACAUGCGAUCGCACAUGGGAGUGAGGUCGUUGAAGUGCGAGCACUGCGGGGCAGAGUUCGUGAAUUUUUCGGAUCUGGAGCGUCACAUGCAGACACGCACGGGACAGAAGGCAGAGGAACUUGAACUCUGUCCUGCGGCAGUCAAUCCGGCAUGAAACUUCGUGCAAACGUCAUGGAGUCGACUUCAUUCAAUAUCUGAAGAGCCCUGUGCAUACCUGCCAACUCUCCCGAUUCAUCCGGGAGACUCCCGGAUUCGGACUGGUUUGUACGAUUGUACGUCCGAGAAGCAAAUCUCCCGGAAAAUGCAGUAUUCCUCUCUAUAUCUCAAACGCCUGCUUUUUCUCUGGGCACAUAGACGAAAACGUCAAUCGAAUACCAGCCCAAUUGCCAUCGGCAUCGCUGCCGCUUCCUGUGUGUUACGGAGUUCAGGAGUUCUGGUCAUGGUUCUAGUUCUAGCGCUUCUAGGUUCCGGGCAUUUCCUCCAUGUUUUCGGGCAACAAAGGUACCUUCGCACUAGCUGUUUCGACCUUGCGUACCUCGCAAAGACAACCUCGACCUCGCAAAGAGAACAGAGACAUAGUUUUGUGUCCUCACGUUCUUUUGAGAAAGUGUCAUAGCCUUGCCACAGCUUGACACCCAGAUAGUUCCUUGGAGAGGGCAAAGUCUGUUGCUGCAAAACUUGUGCCCGAUGAGCCUGCUGGGGUGAAGUGUGCUCCUGUUAUAUAUGCAAAUAAAAGCCACCCAACAUCGGCUUUCUCCGAA